UCAAAAUGGCGGCCGCCAUUGCGGACCUUCUGCUGGCUGAUAAUCACAGCUGCUGCUAAGCGAGCGCCAGCUUUCCUCGCUCUUGAACCUGGAUUCGACUAGGGGUUGGGAAGGGCAGUGGACGGCGUUGGGGGAGGACUGAUGAGGCAAGACGGCAGCUAUAUGGAGGAUCAACUUGGAACAGGAAAACUAGAUGAGAGGAAAUUGCACUUACUCAAUUGAGGUUUGUAAAGAACUCUUCCUUUCAAGUCAUCGUGUUUCAUUCUGUAUACGGCUGAGAUAUCAAACCUGUGGCCUGUUGUUAUUGGACCAGAAUGACAUCUAUUAUCAAAUUAACGACCCUGUCUGGGGUGCAGGAGGAGUCUGCCCUCUGCUACCUUCUCCAGGUCGAUGAGUUUCGGUUCUUACUGGACUGCGGCUGGGACGAGCACUUCUCCCUGGACAUUAUCGAUUCGCUGAGGAAGCACGUGCACCAGGUCGACGCCGUGCUGCUCUCGCACCCCGACCCGCUGCACCUCGGGGCGCUCCCGCACGCCGUGGGCAAGCUGGGCCUGAACUGCGCCAUCUACGCGACCAUCCCCGUCUACAAGAUGGGGCAGAUGUUCAUGUAUGACCUCUACCAGUCUCGACACAACACAGAAGACUUCACGCUCUUCACGCUGGAUGACGUGGAUGCAGCCUUCGAUAAAAUCCAGCAGUUGAAGUUCUCUCAGAUUGUGAACUUGAAAGGUAAAGGACAUGGCCUGUCCAUCACACCUUUGCCCGCCGGUCACAUGAUAGGUGGAACAAUAUGGAAGAUAGUCAAAGAUGGCGAAGAGGAAAUUGUGUAUGCAGUCGACUUCAACCACAAGAGGGAGAUCCACUUAAAUGGAUGUUCCCUGGAAAUGCUGAGCAGACCCUCCCUGCUUAUCACAGACUCAUUUAACGCUACGUACGUGCAGCCCAGGAGGAAGCAGAGAGACGAGCAGCUGCUGACCAACGUCCUGGAAACGCUGCGAGGCGACGGCAACGUGCUGAUCGCCGUGGACACCGCGGGCAGGGUGCUGGAACUCGCCCAGCUCCUCGACCAGAUCUGGAGAACGAAAGACGCGGGCCUGGGCGUCUACUCGUUGGCGCUCCUGAACAACGUCAGUUACAACGUGGUGGAGUUCUCCAAGUCCCAGGUGGAGUGGAUGAGCGACAAACUGAUGAGGUGCUUUGAAGACAAAAGAAAUAAUCCGUUUCAGUUCCGCCAUCUCUCUCUGUGUCACGGUCUUUCCGACUUGGCCCGGGUCCCCAGCCCGAAAGUGGUGCUCGCCAGCCAGCCCGACCUGGAGUGUGGGUUCUCAAGAGACCUCUUCAUUCAGUGGUGCGAGGACCCUAAGAACUCAAUCAUUCUGACUUACAGAACUACUCCCGGGACCUUAGCACGCUUCUUAAUCGACAAUCCUUCUGAGAAAAUUACAGAAAUAGAGUUGAGGAAACGUGUAAAGCUUGAAGGGAAAGAACUGGAAGAAUACUUGGAAAAGGAGAAACUAAAGAAAGAAGCUGCUAAAAAACUUGAGCAGUCAAAAGAGGCGGACAUCGACUCCAGCGAUGAGAGCGACGUUGAGGAGGACGCUGACCAGCCGUCGGUGCACAAGGCCAAGCACGACCUGAUGAUGAAGGGCGAAGGGAGUCGCAAAGGCAGUUUCUUCAAACAGGCUAAGAAGUCUUACCCCAUGUUUCCCGCCCCAGAAGAGAGAAUUAAAUGGGAUGAGUAUGGAGAGAUUAUCAAACCAGAGGAUUUCUUGGUGCCAGAACUUCAAGCUACUGAAGAAGAAAAAAGCAAAUUAGAAUCCGGCUUGACAAACGGAGAUGAACCCAUGGAUCAGGAUUUAUCUGAUGUUCCUACUAAGUGCAUUUCUAUGACAGAAUCUAUUGAAAUAAAGGCCAGGGUCACCUACAUAGACUACGAAGGGCGCUCUGAUGGGGAUUCCAUUAAGAAGAUCAUCAAUCAGAUGAAGCCACGACAGCUGAUCAUUGUGCACGGACCCCCAGAGGCCAGCCAGGACCUGGCCGAGUGCUGCCGGGCCUUCGGUGGGAAGGACAUCAAAGUGUACAUGCCGAAGCUGCACGAGACGGUCGACGCCACCAGCGAGACUCACAUCUACCAGGUGAGAUUGAAAGACUCACUUGUUAGCUCCCUGCAGUUUUGUAAAGCGAAAGAUGCCGAACUAGCUUGGAUAGAUGGCGUCUUAGACAUGCGGGUUUCCAAAGUGGACACGGGAGUGAUUCUAGAAGAAGGAGAACUGAAGGAUGAUGGAGAAGACUCGGAGAUGCAAGUGGAUGCGCCUUCGGAUUCCAGCGUCAUCGCACAGCAGAAGGCCAUGAAAAGUCUGUUCGGAGACGACGAGAAAGAGACCGGCGAAGAAAGUGAAAUUAUUCCGACUCUGGAGCCCUUGCCGCCUAAUGAGGUUCCUGGACAUCAGUCGGUUUUUAUGAACGAACCAAGACUGUCGGACUUCAAACAAGUUCUUUUACGGGAGGGGAUUCAAGCUGAAUUUGUAGGAGGUGUCCUUGUUUGCAACAAUCAAGUAGCUGUCCGCAGAACGGAAACUGGACGCAUUGGAUUAGAAGGCUGCCUUUGUCAAGAUUUUUAUAGGAUAAGAGACCUUUUAUAUGAACAGUAUGCCAUUGUGUAAAGGACAUGUCAAGAAGUAUCUAUUUGACCUUUAUAAGAAAAAAGGGAUUCUUAUUCUAAGCUUUUGUGCUUUUUUUUUUUUUGGUAAUAUACAAAGAGAAUCUGCCAGAAAAACUUAACACGCAUUAGAUUUUUUCCUAAUGCUCAAAUGAGCAUUCUCCCCUUUAGUUUGAGUGGGAGACAUCCUGACCCCUGUGCAGGCCUGAGAGGUGAAGCUGAUGCCUUUCCUUUGCCGACCCCUUAUUCUAGAAGGGCUUUUUACUUGAAUACAACAAUGCAACUUAGCAAACCAGUUCAUGGCCUUAGAGAAACAUAUUUGCAUGAACUCUUGCAAACUGUUUCUUACAUUUUCUGGAAUGCAAAGUAUAAAUUAUUUAGAAAAGAUGAGCUACUAGAAAAAAAAACUGAUGAAUGUUUUUUGAGUCCUACUUAGUUAAAAACAAAAAGCCAAGAGUACGGGCUGUAACUCUUCCGAGUUGUAAUAUGCAGUUGUCCCCACAUGCAGUGUGCCUGCUCCACGCCUGUAGUUCCCAGACUCCCUCUAGGGUGAAGCUGGAAGUAAUCAAGUUUUAUUUCUCCCAUUUCUUGUUUUAUCAAGAUUCUGUUGUUGUUCAGUAUGAAUUAUAAUACCAUCAUUUGAAUACACAUAAUUCAGGAGAACUCCUCGAUGUGUUCCAGUCUUAAGGGUUCUGCAUACACUUUAGACCUAACUGUCAUCUAGGUUACUAUUAGAAACUGUUUUGUGCUCUGUUUUCAAGAAAUAAGUUUGAACCUCACAUUUUUAUGAGGUAGCAGUAUAAUUGAAUUACAAGGUAUAAAUGUUUUCAUCUCUUAGGCUCACUUCCUCCUAAGGUUGCCCAAGUGGUGGGUCGAUUUUAUACACAUCGCCACAGAAGGAACGUUGAAGAUGGAUGCGGUCGUCUUCUCUGCAUUUGCACCUUUCUUGGGGCCGGCAGUGCUGAUACAGUGCCCACCACUUGUAUUUAAGAAUAAAAACUGCGUAUAUGCAAUUUCCAUUGAACUUAGAAAUGAAGUCAUUUCGCCCUGUUGUCAUCUCAGUGCUGUUCUGGCGUGUGACUCCGUCAUGGCCGACCCCGAGACUCAUUUCCUAAGCAUGUAAGCCCUCCUCUGUGCAAUUAGCAUUUUUAGAAGGAUCAGUCUUACUCCACUUACAUGGAACUAUGUACAGUACAACCCAGUGGUAUCAAACCACAGUUAAUUCAUUCUAUUUCAAAUGCUUUCAAAGCUUCUCUUGUGGAUUAUGAUGCUAAUGCAGAGUUUACGGGCUUCUUGAUACUGAAAACCAGACACGUAAAGCAAUGUUACAGAAGAUGAAGAUGAAGAGUACGUUUUGUUUGCAGAGCUUUGAAAAAAAUUCACUUAAACUCUUAUUACUGGAUAGAGUAAGCCUAAAAUUCUAUUUAUUUUCCAGGUGAAGCAAAGUCUGCAUUUGUUUCAUGGAUUUAAAAAAUUGGUUAUACAUAUUAUAUUGAAAUCCUGAUAUUGAAAAUUUGAUUUUUGCCUGACCCGUGAGCAAGAAUUAAAUUUAAAGUACUGCUUGGAGAUGGCUGUGCUAACUAAUGUCACUGUAGGAGCAAUAUUUUUACCUGUUUCUGAAUGACACUGUUACUAACAUUUCAAAAAUGAAGACAUUUGUUUAGCCUCAGUUACUGAAGAGAAAUACAAAUUUUAAAAAGGACUCUGAGAUAAAUCAUGAACUCAGGAAUUUUUAGAUCUUGUUAGAAGCAAAACAAACACAACUAGACCAUCAGCUGGUAUCUAUAAUUAGCUUAAAAAUACUUUUUUUGUUGCAUUUGCUGCAGUAGGAUUACAAAUGUCAGAUGUCCUGGCUGACGGUUUAGUAUUUCCGUGAGCCAGUAGGUGGUCUCAGGUGGAAGUGAGGAACCAGUUUUCUAAGAGCCUUUUGCCUUUUUUUUUAAAUUGAGAUAUGAUUUACAUUCCAUGAAAUUCUCUCUUUACAGUGUACAGUUCACUGAUUUUUAGUGUAUUUACAGCGUUGCGUGACCAUUACUGCUCUCUGAUUCCAGAACGUUUUCAUCAUACCCCAGAAGAAACCUCAUCCCCGUUGGCUGUCAUUUCCCAUUCUCCCUUUUCCCAGCCUCGGGCAACCGUUAAUUUAUUCUCUGUCUCCUGUGAAUUUGCCUGUUCUCCAUGUUUCAGAAAAAUGGAGUCAUAAAAUUUGUGGCCUUUUGUGUCUACUUCUUUUACUUAGUAGAGGGUUUUCAAGAUUCAUUGAUGUGGUAGCAUGUAUCACUUUGCUUUUUAUGGCUGAACAACCUUCUGUGAUGUGGACAGACCACGUUUUGUUUCCCCAUUCAUCAGCUGAUGGACAUUUGGGCUGUUUCUACUUUUUGGCUGUUAACCAAUAAUGCUGCUGUGAACAUUCAUGUACAAGCUUUUGUAUGGCUAUACGUUUUAAGUUUUCUUGGGUAUAUACAGGAUGAGGCAAAAGUAGGUUUACAGUUCUUCAUAUGGAAAAUAAUACAGUAACUAAUAAAUAAUGCUACAAGAAUAAACUGUGUUUUGCAUCCUCACAACUCAAAACCUACUCUUGCCAAACCCUCCACCUAAGAGCAUAGUUGCUGGGCGAUGUGGUGGUACCUCUGGAGCAACUGCCAGCCUGGUUCCGGAGCAGCAGCCGCCGCCUCCGUUCCCGCCCGCGGUGGAUGAGAACUCCAGUCCUCCCACUGCCUCCGAGAUGCUGGUCGCUCACCGUCCCUCUUAUCUCAGCGGUCCUGUGUGUGCGCACAGGUGUCUCCUUAAGGUUUUGAUUGGAGUUUCCCUAAUGACUAAUGAUGUUGAGCAUCUUUUCUGUACCUGUUGGCCAUUUGUGUUUCUUUUUUGGAGAAAUGUCUGUUCAGAUCCUUUGCCUGUUUUCUUAAUUGGGUUUUUAUCUCUUUAUCGUUGGAUUGUAAGAGUUGUUUGUGUAGUCUGGGCACCAAAUCUGUGUCAGACGUAUGGUUUGCAAAUGUCUCCUCCCCCUCCGUGUGUGUCCCCUUUCUGGGUGUCACCGG